GAACGGUGGACGUCGCGCGCGCAAAAAUAAAUCGCUGUUGGAGCCAAAGAUUUAGGUUUUCGCGUAAUCAUGUGUGAUUGGCCGGAAGACACAACUCUUCGCUUCUUGGAAGCGUACAAAAACGAGCCAUGUAUUUGGAAUUCAAAAGACCCUUACCACAAAAAUAGGCAUAAGGUACAGGAUGCGUGGACACGCCUCAGUGUGAUCAUGAAGAAAAAUGUGAAAGAAUUAAAACAUAAAAAAGAAAUAUUAAUGGCUACAUUCAGGAGGCACUGCAGAAAACAACAAGCGUCGAUUCGUUCUGGUGCAGGAGCAGACGAUAUCUAUAAACCCAAUUGGUUUGCUUAUGACCAAAUGGAAUCAUUUUUGGGGCCUUUUUACACAUGCACAGAUAAUGUAAAUACAGAGGAGGAAGUUCCACCACAAGAAAUCCCGAUUGAGAGCACAACUUUAGCGGAAGAAGAACAAGACAUAGAAGAUAGUGAUUUAGAGCAGCCAUCCACUUCGCAAACACCAAAACUACUGAUUCCUCGUCGUCGUCCUGCUACCAAUGUUGCGGACCGGCAGAUGACUUCAGCGUUUAGGCAAUUAACCAAUAUUUUAACUAAAAGACAAAAAGACCGCUAUCAACCGCCACCGAAAGAUGACGAUGACUGCGACCUAUAUGCAAAAUUGUUGGCCAAAAAGUUGCGAGAACUACCUCCUGAUGAUAGAACCCUAAUGAUGUAUGACAUAGACACUUUAUUUGUUAAUAGAAUUAAGAAUAAGAUGUGUCAAACCCUAUCUUCCUAUCACUCAGUCCCAUACGAAAUGCAAAUUGCUUCGCCAAGGAUUAAACGGUCGUCAACCUCCCAAACAUCCUACUCUGAACCUUUGGCAAAUGCAUCUCCAGAACCCCCUAUCUAAUCCGUCCAUCGCCUCCCCAACAUCAUAUUUUUAGGCCAACCAGCCAAUUCCCAAACGUUACAUUCUGUAUCAUUACCAGUUAUAUCACCAACACAAAACCAACAAUGCUGCUCAUAAAUAUGAGCCUCUAGCAUGGCGUCAAACUAAUCGAGUUCCUUGUCAAAUAAUUACGUGAGUAAGCCGAAAACCAUAAUAACAAAACGAACCAUUGAAUCCUCAACCAGCAUUCUACUCAAUUACAUUUAUCAUCCAACUCCUACCAUUGACAUUUUAUCCAAUGAACUAAUUGCACCACCAAAAGGACAAAAUCAAAUAAUGAAGCGUUACUUAAAACUUACGAAGGCUUUAGUAACUGUGAAAAAUAGUGACUUACCUACUUACACUAUGUUUAUGUUAAGCUUAAAUUCUUAAAAUAAAUGUGAGGAAUAAAAAAUGUAUGAUCUUUUAAUAAAUUAAAACAAUGAAUACCUUUAUUUCGUCUCUAUGAACUUGGUUAAUAGCUUUGUAGACUUAAGGAAUGACUUUUGAUAUUACUUGGGAUGAUAUUUGGAAUAAUUAGUGUAAAUUAUAAUUUAUUUAUUAUUAUUAUAUAUAGGUAUACCAUAUUUUAACAGUCACCACU